AUGGGUUCAGACCGGGGCUCCCCGGACCGCGUCUCGCGGAAACCCAACUUUGGCACCUCGGGUGUCCUCGCUGCCGUAUCCAACGCGGUACAACAGGCCGACGGCAGCACCAUCACCCUCAAAUACCACGAGCCACCCGAGGCACGCAAACCACCGUCCAAGGACGACUGGAGGCUAUUCGUCUUCAAGGGAGAAGACGCCCUUGAUACCAUUCCACUUAGUGCGCGGAGUUGCUGGCUCGUGGGGCGCGAGGUGGCUAUCGUCGACAUGCCGGCUGAGCACCCGAGCAUAAGCAAACAACACGCCGUCAUCCAGUUCCGGUAUAUUGAGAAGAGGAACGAGUUUGGGGACCGGGUUGGCCGUGUGAAGCCAUACCUGAUUGACCUUGAGAGUGCAAAUGGGACUUUUCUCAAUGGAAACAAGGUGGCAGAGAGCCGGUACAUCGAGCUGCGGGACAAGGACGUGAUCAAGUUUGGGCACAGUACGAGAGAGUAUGUCCUUAUGCUGGCACCCAAGGGAUAG